AUGGCUGUCACGUUGCGGGACAAGCAAAUAGCUAGCAUUAAGCGCAUAUUGAAUCUAAACGCACCCAUCACCGACAUCGACGCACAAGACGACCAUGAAGCUACGAAGACGCCCGCGGACGGCGCGGUAUGGAAGGUCUUGGUCUUCGACGAGAUGGGCAGGGAUGUCAUAAGCUCUGUUCUCCGAGUAAAUGAUUUGCGGAGCUCUGGUGUAUGGAACAUUGUAUGCUCCAGGGAGGCUAUCAUGCUGAGUCCCGCCUACAUCAACUUCCUCUCCAGCAUACCGCGGACGCUUCUUGAAGACUUCGGUGCCCAAACAGUAACGUCAGGCACGGCAGAGCACCUCGCACAGGUCUACGACCAGUAUCUCAACUUCGUCGUUUCGGAACCAGAUCUGUUCCACCUAAACAUAAAGGGCGCAUAUCACGCUCUGAACAGCAAUCAGACAACCGAACAGGAGCUCGACAGUGUCGUGGAUCGCAUCGUCUCGGGAAUCUUCUCGGUCGUGGUCACUAUGGGCGUGGUUCCCAUCAUCCGAUGCCCUGCAGGCGGAGCAGCAGAAGCCAUCAGUGCGAAGCUGGAUCGCAAACUGCGAGACCACAUCUUGAACUCGAAAACAAAUCUCUUUUCAGACCAGAAGUCAUCCGCUGUGUCAUCGCGGCCAGUCCUUGUUAUAGUGGAUCGCAACGUUGACCUCGUACCAAUGUUCAGCCACUCGUGGAUCUACCAAAGUCUGGUCUACGAUGUCUUGGACUUCAACCUCAACAAGAUCACCAUGUCCGUGCCAGUGGACAAGAACCACCCGGAGAAGGGUGUGAAAAAACAAUCCUACGACCUGACAGCCUCCGACUACUUCUGGGCAAAGAACGCAUCGCUACCCUUCCCAAACGUUGCUGAUGACGUAACGACCGAAUGGAACAAAUACCAAGAAGAUGCUGACAAUGUCACGAAAAAGACUGGGACCUCUUCGAUAGACGAUCUAUCCGGCGAAAGUAACCAGUUCGCGGCUCAUCUGAAGGGCGCUAUGGCCCUGCUACCAGAACUGCGGGAGAGGAAGACUACGAUAGAGUAUUAUCCUUGCAUAAUUUUGACGCAACGACUAACAUUGUCAGACCGCAAAAUCGACUUCUACUUCCAACUGGAGGAAGAGCUCACCAAGCAGACGAAGGCGCAGAUACUCGAAUUGAUCAACGACUCAGACAAGGGCAACGAGCCGCUUGACAAGCUCAGACUGUUCUUACAAUGGUACCUCACCACCGAGCAGGAGCUUUCUCGAGCCGAUCUCGAAAGCUUCACUCAAGCUCUCAACGCUGCAGGCGCAGAUACCACAGCUCUCAAUUACGUCAAGACAGUCCGCCAACUCACGCGCAUGACGAUGAUCUCAUCCGCCCCUACACAACCUGCACAGACAACAUCACAGCUAUUUGGUGGAUUCUCCAGUCUAUCGUCGCGUGUCACCGACCGCUUCAAGGAGGCUGGCCUAGGCGCCAACUUCGAGGGUGUACUAUCGGGCAUCAAGAACUUCUUGCCCACCAAUACGGACCUCACACUCACCAAGAUUACCGAAUCGCUUAUGGACCCUCAGAAUGCGUCUUCAAGUGCGAUCAGCAAGACUGAAAGUUACCUUUACUUUGACCCUCGGUCUGCGAAUGCUCGUGGUACGAUACCACCAGCAAGCGAGUCACGCAAGCAGCAAAGUACUGUUGGCCGAGGCAUCGAUGCCACCUUUGGACAGCGAAGGCAGGGCUUCAGUGAAGCAAUCGUUUUCACGGUCGGUGGAGGUUCGAUGGACGAGUAUGGGAACUUGCAAGAAUGGGCAAAGAGGACAAGCGUAAGUCACGGCGCUGCUGGCACAGGACAAAAGCGACGUAUUGUGUACGGUAGCACAGCAUUGUACUCUGCAACCGAGUUCGUAAACAAGGAUCUGGCACAAUUAGGCAAAGAGAGCACUUGAGCUACGACACAAAAUAGAAACGACUCGUGACAAGGUCCAGUAGCAAUCAAUCAGCCACAAUUCAUGACCAAUUC